UUUUCCACUUAUCACAAAAAACUACCAAAAGGCAGUUCAAGACACUUCAGUUCCCUCUAUAAACAUUUCAAUAUGGUUUCUUGCACCAUGAGAUAUCAGCUGAGAUUGGUGUUGUUGUUGAUAUUAUGUGUAAUUGGAAAUUCAGACACAGAAAAGGACAAAGAAGAGUGUACACAAUCAUUGAUUGGUCUGGCAACAUGUUUGCCUUAUGUUGGAGGUAAUGCACCAGCUCCUACACCAGAUUGCUGUACUGGAUUGAAACAAGUGUUGAAAGAUAGCAAGAAGUGUCUUUGUUUGUUAAUUAAGGACAGAAAUGAUCCUGAUUUGGGACUUCAACUCAAUGUUACACUUGCUUUAACACUCCCCUCUGUUUGUAAAGCCCCUGCUAAUAUUUCUGAAUGCCCUGCACUUCUCCACUUGCCUGCAAAUUCACCAGAUGCUCAAGUAUUCUAUCAAAUUGCUAAUAAUUCAAGCAGCAUUGCUGGUAGUCCACUUGCACAUAGCCCCAUUCCUUCUGUUGGAUCUAGUCCUACAGGUGCCCCUGCUGGUGCUCCUAAAUCUGCCGGUUGUCAUAUUGGAAAGAGAUAUUUUGGAUUAGAAGCAAUUGUUGGUGUAGUCCUUCUUUGGUCUUUAACUUCAAAUUUCUUCAUAGGAUGAGUUUAAUAACCUUAUUUUGUAUCAUAAUAAUCAAAGCUAUCACUUUGUUAAAUGGAUGGUCCUUGUGUGUCCUUCUAAUUUGAUAUUUAUUUACUAAUA